AUGUCUAACAACGGACCCAUCAAUUGUCGGACAAUCGAGGACGUUGAGCUUCCUGCACCUGCAACCAAGCUCAUCAUCACGCAGCAUCUCGUAGCAUCUCGAGAUUCUCCUCUCUGGGCCUGGAUCAUUGUAGGAGCCUUCUACGACCGCCACGGCAACACUCUUUGGAGUACCAAGAUCUUUCUUGGCCGCUUGGGUGUCGACACGGAAUCUGACGACGAGAGUACUGAUAGCGAGAGCAGCGUUUCAGUGACAGAGAGCGAGUCUGAAGAGACAGUCGCUGUAUCAAGUAAGUACUGGAUCUGCUGUUUGUAG